GAAAAACUUGAUUCUUAACUUUUCUUGUUCUGUGUUAAUCAAAGUUGGACCAACAACUCAUCUGGUGAAAGCCAACAAUUUUUUGCUCAACAUCGAUAUUUCUCAUGUUGUUUCGCCAAUAUUUUGAUUGUCAUCAUUACAUUAAUUGUAAUUACUUUUGUGUUCGUCAACAUUCUAGGUCCACCACCAUCUUUGGAUUAUUUAUUCCCAUUAAUUUAACUUAACCAACGGAAUAUUUAUCUACAAAUCUUUUUUUUAAACAGACCAAUCUUUGUAUCAACUUUUUUUUAUCAAACUUAUUCCAACUCAAGCAUCUUAUUUUCAAUAGACUGUGUGCCUUAAACUUGCCUUAUUGGAUUAUUUUCAUCAAAUUUGAUUCUUUUCUACGACUGUUAACUACAUUUUAUAUCAUCAAAUAAUUUUUCACCAUCAAGAGUUGUACUUGAAAAAGGAAGGAGAAAGACUCUUUAAGCUUGCCCGUUCUUAUUUUAGUUUAAUUUAAUUUAAACUAAACUAAUAGUCUACGGAAACUUAUAAAUUACCAGCAGAAGGAAAGAAUAUUCCAGUCCAAUUGAAUAUAAGGCAGCUACAAGCACUACCAAAUUUAAACCAUGGAUCAGCUAUUUAGUAGCCUUAAAAGUUUCAUUAAACCACAAACAUGUAUCACGGACAACCCUAUUUUCCGUUUACAUUACAAAUUCAGUGUUUGUAUUUUGGUUGCAUUCAGCAUAAUGGUAACAGCUCGUCAAUAUUUUGGUGAUCCCAUUGAUUGUAUUUCCCGUGAUGAUAUACCAAAUAAUUUAUUGGAUACAUUUUGUUGGAUUCACACAACCUUUUCCAUUGAUGAAGCUUGGUUUAAAAAAGUUGGUUCCGAGGUUCCCUACCCUGGUGUAGAUAAAACUACCGAUGGAAAGAAAAAGAUUUACCAUGCCUAUUACCAAUGGGUUUGCUUUGUUCUCUUUUUCCAAGCUCUUUUCUUCUAUCUUCCCCGUUAUUUUUGGAAAACCUUUGAGGGAGGCAAAGUUCGUAACCUUAUUCUCGGACUAAACAACCCAAUCAUCUCAGAAGGAGAUAAAAAACGCAACCUUGAGCUACUCGUUGAUUAUCUCAUGCGAAAUUUGAAGCAUCACAAUUUCUCCUUCUACAUGUAUUGCUUGGCUGAAGUUUUAAAUCUUCUCAACGUUAUCUUCCAAAUGAUUAUGAUGAACCGUUUCCUUGGUGGUGAAUUUCUUAAAUAUGGUAUCAAUGUUCUUGCCUUUUCGGAAUGGGAUUGGUCUCUUCGAUAUGAUCCAAUGAUUAAAAUUUUCCCUCGUCUUACAAAGUGUACCUUCCAUCGUUAUGGUUCUUCAGGAGAUGUUCAGAAACACGAUGCCAUGUGUAUCUUGCCAAUCAACAUUAUUAACGAAAAAAUUUACAUCUUCUUAUGGUUCUGGUUUGUUUUCCUUUUCUUCUUGACCCUUGGUAAUCUUGUUUACCGAGCAUUGACCAUCGUUUCAUCCAAAAUGCGACUCAGCAAGGUUCAAACAAACUGUCGCCUAGCCAGCCGAGAUGCUCUAGAAAGUAUACUUAAUAAAGGUGAUAUUGGAGAUUGGUUCCUUCUUAAUUUACUUUCCAAAAACUUGGAUCCAAUCAACUUUAGAGAUUUGGUGAACGCAUAUUUCCGUCGACUUGAAGGAGGAAAAGCUGCUGAUGCUGCUAUCUAAACAAAGUAAAAACACAAAAAGUACCCAGAUUAAGAUCAUCAUUGAUUCAAUGUGUAUCUUCAUCUGUUAUCAUCUUCCUAACUUGUAAAAGCUCGUCAUCAUCGUCAUCAUCAUUGAGAAAAACAAAAGGAAAUAUCGUAAACAUAGUAAAUUCAAAUGAUUACAAGGUUAAAAUUGAAAGAAACAAAAUCACUACCAAUUAUCAAAAAGAAGAUCAAAAGAAGUGCUAAUUAUGUUUUUCUAGGAAAAUCGAAUGAUUCUCAACUUUUCGCAAUAAUUAACAAUUUUUCUUUCAUCAUGGAUCAAACAAAAGAAUACCCACCAAGAAGAAUUUGAUCAACGAAUCAACCGUUUAAGACAAUGUAUAAAGAUCAAAUAAUCAAAUAUGCCAGCUAAUCAACAGCAGCAAUUCAAUAGCAAAUAAGUCAUAAUUAUUUUUAAUGAUGGUAUUUUGGAUGGAGAAUGUCAAUUUUUUAACCAAAUUUACCAACAAUUUAGCAAUACCAGAUAGAUUUCCUAUCGACUCUUUUUGUUUGCAAUCAACUAUGCAAAUCCAGUCAAAUCAAUUUUGUGGGACCAAACAGUAAUGGUUUUAUUUCUUCGUCACAUUCUUCCUUCAAUCAAAUACCAACGAACUUAAUAAUCUAUUAGGACCAUGUCUGCCUUUUUUGCACAAAAAACGAAUUAAUCAAUUUAUACAUUAUUACGACUUAUACCGGUUAAUGAACAAUUGACUCAAACAUGGAAUCAAAAAGCUCACUUUUUGCUAUGUUGCUCCAUUUUUUGUAGUUUCUACAGUUUUAAGAAAAAAAUUUAAGAAAAAAGAAUGAUUUAUAUACCAUGUUACGACGAUUCAAAUGAAUGUUUAUUUUCUCUUUAUUCAAGCAAUUCAAUCUUUGGAUCUUCGCUGCCUUAAUUUAACAAAAUUAAUUCACCAAUUGUCUUUUUUGCUAUCAUUCUGUGUUAUUAAAGAUACAAUCAAGAUGCCUUCUUACUUUAAAAGAAUGAAUAUCAAAAA